CUCGUCCCUGGGUGUGAGGCGGCUGCGGCGCGGGUCGCGGCGAGCGUGGGUCCAGCGGGAGGCAGUCGUAGCUUGGUGCGAGGAGGGCGGGGGUCUCAGACCUCUCAUCUCCUGUACCGGGUGUCUCGCCGCCUUCCCCACAGGAUCCCCGAGCCUCGCGGCCGCCUCAGUCAGAACCGCGCCCGGUGCAGCGUCGCGCGGGCCGGUGUAACCGCUCCUCGGGCGGACGAUGCCCAAGAAGCUGCUGCUGCUGCCCCCGCUGUCCGCGUCCUCGGCUUUCCGCGCCCCGCAGGCCCGCCCCGCCGCCCGCCCGGCCAUGAACGCCGCCCGCACCGGCUACCGAGUCUUCUCGGCCAACUCCACGGCCGCCUGCACCGAGCUGGCCAAGCGCAUCACCGAGCGUCUUGGUGCUGAAUUGGGGAAGUCUGUGGUGUAUCAAGAGACCAAUGGAGAAACAAGAGUUGAAAUAAAAGAAUCUGUUCGUGGCCAAGAUAUUUUCAUUAUACAGACAAUACCCAGAGAUGUGAAUACAGCUGUGAUGGAGUUACUGAUCAUGGCUUAUGCACUGAAGACUGCCUGUGCCAGAAAUAUUAUUGGAGUCAUCCCUUAUUUCCCCUACAGCAAGCAAAGCAAGAUGAGGAAGAGGGGUUCCAUUGUGUGCAAGCUCCUAGCGUCGAUGCUGGCGAAAGCCGGUUUAACUCACAUUAUCACUAUGGAUCUUCAUCAAAAGGAAAUACAAGGCUUUUUCAGCUUUCCCGUGGACAACCUUAGAGCCUCACCUUUCCUGCUUCAAUAUAUCCAGGAAGAAAUUCCAAAUUACAGAAAUGCAGUCAUUGUAGCUAAGUCUCCUGAUGCUGCAAAAAGGGCCCAGUCGUAUGCUGAGAGACUGCGUCUGGGUUUAGCUGUGAUCCAUGGAGAAGCUCAGUGUACAGAGCUGGACAUGGAUGACGGUCGUCAUUCUCCCCCAAUGGUCAAAAAUGCUACUGUCCACCCUGGCCUGGAAUUGCCAUUGAUGAUGGCCAAAGAGAAGCCACCAAUAACGGUAGUUGGAGAUGUUGGAGGGCGCAUCGCCAUCAUAGUGGACGACAUUAUUGAUGAUGUGGAAAGUUUUGUUGCUGCUGCGGAGAUCCUAAAAGAGAGAGGAGCUUACAAGAUCUAUGUCAUGGCCACUCACGGGAUCCUGUCUGCAGAGGCCCCCCGCCUGAUUGAGGAGUCCACCAUUGAUGAGGUGGUAGUGACGAAUACCGUCCCUCAUGAGGUGCAGAAGCUGCAGUGUCCCAAGAUAAAGACUGUGGACAUCAGUCUGAUUCUUUCUGAAGCAAUUCGGAGAAUCCACAAUGGGGAGUCCAUGGCGUACCUUUUCCGAAACAUCACUGUGGAUGACUAGCUUUCAUGGUUGCCUUGACCCUGGAACUCCUAAGGAAAACACACGGAAAGCAGUGCCAUCAAUUAUGUACACAGUAUUUCCUUUCAAGGGAGCACUGGAAAUGUCUGGAGUCAGUAUCUCUCGCCAAGUUUGGUAGAUAGGACGCAUUACAUUAAGAUAGUCAAAAGGAAGACAGAGCUAAUGGAUAAAUGGCCUUAAAUGUCUGCCGUUGUCACCGUGUCCCUUAAACAAAAGUUACAGACACUUUCCUGAAAAGAAUCUGAAAAUCUUAUUGAUAUCGAAGAGGAGUUAAAGGCAGAUAAAGUCUUAACUCUGUAAUGUUCAUUCAGUUGUUUCAGCCGCAGGGAAAUGUAUGUGUUAAUGUUGAACACGGUUAGGGAAGCUGCGUGCCCAGGUACUGUUUCUAUUCCGAUUAUCCUCUCCCAGUCAACUUCAUGUAAAUCUUUUGUAGAGAAUCAUAUUUUCUUUGAGAAACUGCCGUGCCUACAGCCAUUGAACAAUGAAGCAUUUGUGGUGUUACUCCUGGCGAGGAUGUCAGAUUAGAGAAUAGCAUCCUAUCUCUGGAUAUCUGCGUUGCUCUUAAAUUGCAAAUAAAAGAAUUUGUUGUC